UGCGAGCAAAGAAAACGAGCAACAAAUGUUUCGACGUCGUCCUCACGAAGCUCGUAAAUUAAUCCAAAUUUUAAUCAAUUUCCAUCGCAAUUUCGUGCCAAAAGUAGUGCUAAUCCGUUCAUCAGUGUCCGUUGUAUCGAAUUCAAGUGCGGUUUGUGUGCGGAAAUAGAAUGCAAGCCGGGAAAACGCAAUUUUUCCUUGCACCACCGAGAUUUGUCUUCGUCACGAAAUCAUCCGAAGAAAAAAUGACGAUCGAGCACCAAGAAGAAGAAGACGAGUUCCAGCCAAAGGCAGCCGAAACGAAUGGAGAGUAUCAACAACAACAACAGCAGCAGCAGCAGCAGCGGUGCUAAGCAAAACCGGAGGAAAGGAAAGGUCGAUCAAGGGAAAAUCAUAAACAACAAAGAGUUUCGCCGACACAAGAAUCCCGAAACGAACAAGACCCUCGCGCGCACCGUGCGAGGAAGAAGAAGAGGGAAGCGUUUUCUUCCAAAUAAACAGCGACUGAAUCAUAUUCGGUGGAUUUCAAAUAGCGAGUAAGGCAGCAGAAUUAUCGACGUGUCGACAAGAUGAGUUCCAGUCGUCGACGAGAGCAGUAUUAUUAUUACCAGCAUUAUCUGCUGGUGAUGGCGGUGAUGGCCCUUUUUGGCUGUCGGCAACAAACGUUUGCCUCCUCCAAUCAUAUCUUUGUAAAUAACAUAGUUCCUUUGAUAAGUAGUAAUCUAAGUGCUAGUAGCGCGAUAAGUAUUGAUAAUAGCAGCAGCAGCAGUAAAGUGCCUUUGCCGUCGACUCCCAGUGUCCCGGUGUUUCCAUUUGUUCCAAUGGCACCGAUUAUCCAGGCUCAGCAGCACCAGCAAUCCCAACAACAGCAGGGACCGGAACGGGAAUACAGCAUACAGGAACUGACCAAAUCGAUGGAAAUGAAGCUGAAGCGAAUACGAAAUCAGGAGUUGGAUGUUCCAGUGGUGCAGGAACUCUACGACACGAUGGAGUUCACUUCAGUGAUUCGGAACGACAUCGAAGAGUUGGAGAAGAUGACCAAAAAGUUGACGGUCAAGUUCGAGCAAUCAGCAGCGGUUAUCGAUCGGUUGAGGGCAUUCAUUUACGACUCCGCCACUCGCCACAGUGCCAAAUACAAUACAAUCAUCAAUCCUUGCCCCUACAGCGAGCUGAUCAAUCCGUGGGACGACGAACCACAGUUCGAUUUGCAGAACUUUAUCCAAAAUACGAAGCUAAUGAAUUCAUCGAAUACCAUGAAGCAAUUUUCCGGCGAAUCUGCAUUCUUGGACUUUUCCGCAUUUCCAGCCAGCCCAGACGAUCGCCCCAGGAUUCGCAUCACCGACCAAACUGUGGAGGAUAAUAAUCAAAGCUUGCAGAAGCGAUUUCUGGAUCAAAUCGCUCAUUUACAAAGCAAUUUCUACAGUUUGAAGCAGCUGUUCUACCUGUCGUCGUUUGAUCAGGCGAGUGCAUUCAAAUGCCACUACUAUCCGAAGGAUGGUCGAUUGAAAUCCUUGUACUUAUCCUCCGUGAGGAAUAAACAUGUCAUGAUCCUGCUGGACAUUGGGAACUCGGUGAGCUUUGAUCAACUGGAAGUGGCAAAGGCAAUCGUGAAAUUCAUGAUCUAUCUGUUGAACGAAAACGAUCGGAUUGCGAUCGUGGCCGUCAGUCAGAAAUUGACGACCACGGAAAGCCUCCUGGAUUGCGCAAAUGGUCCUUUCGUCAAUGCCACCGUGGACAACAAGGAUCGGUUGGUUGAUUUCGUAGAUUCCCUCAACAAAACUUCGUCGGCAGCUACACACGUCUCGGCGGUCCGAUAUGCGUAUAAAGCCAUCGGAGAUGCCUACCACGGAGUAGAGACGGAGCUUCCGGUUGUAUUCCUUUAUUUGGGACGAGCUCAGCUCUCACCGAUUACAGCAGCAGCAAAGACAGUGAUGCGAACAAUUGCUGAUGGACAGUCAAGGCUACCGUUCCCAGUGGUCAUAAAUACCUGUCUGAUUCUGUUAGACGAGAGAGAGAUCACAUACGAGAAGCAGUUCAUAGCUGAUGUUACGACUCAGAAUUUUUCCAAAUACAACCUUAGUGGGGUGUUCUUCAAGCCACGCGCGGGAAAAAUGGUCAUGAUUUCGAAGCACAGCUUCGACGCUCACCGAUUUGUGAUUGCCUUGAUGGAACCUUUCCUAAAUGACCUGAAGUUCACCGAAGAUCGCAUUCGGGUACAUCUACCUUACCAUGAAUCAUCGACCCACGAUACACUGGUGACAUUGUCCGUCCCUGUAGGAACACACGGAUUAAUGGGAAUUGAUCUUUACUUAAGCGAUUUGGCAGAAGAUGUUUCCUACUACAAGCAAGAUGAUGAAUCCUACGCAUUUCUGAUUGAUCUACAUGGAAACACCAUCAUGCAUCCUUCAUAUCCAAGGCCGCUGGCGGCCAGAGAGAGUUUCUUCGUCACGAACAUCACCCGUCUAGAGCGAGGACUAAGCACGACCGACUUCCGUUCCAUUCUUUCGGAGGAAAGUGGAAACGUUACCUUGAACAAACCAACUGCCAAUCAAAGUACGGUUUACCUCUGGAAGCGAGCUCGAUUUUACAUCAUAUGUAUCGUUCGAUCAAUCAACCACGAUCGGAAUCCAAACAUCAUGCUCAAUGGAGCAAACUCUCGAUUCAGCCAGUCCCAGCAACUUCAGUACUACCACUCAAGGUCAAACGCCGAUUACAGCUUCAUCUCCAGCAAUGGUGUCACAAGCCGAAAUCUGCUAUCGGAUCUAAUCUACCACCGGAUCGACAUUUAUCCAGCCCAUCUACAGCGACCCUCGAUCAGCACAUCCUCCAACUCGAUCCCGUUCGACCAAACAACCAUCGAAUCGCCCCGAGUUUGUCGCCUCAUGAAACAGCUAAGUCUAGCCGAUGACUCCACCCUGUAUCUCAGUUCUUCCUCGUUCCAGUCUCCAUACGCUCACAUCCGGAACAACCGGGAUGCCUCCAACGACGACGACAACGUCCGAGCCAUUCAAAACAUCAUGGCAUACCUGAAGGACACCACAUCGCUCUUUGCCAACCCCGGGCUUCUUCCGGAAGUGCGCAGUGAUGUGUUGGCACUGCUCAAAGUGAUCUCCAGCUACCGUCGUCGGCACGGGGAAAGCAAACUCAGCAAGUACAUCAUCCGACGCUACGCGGCCACCGUCAACGGUGUUCUUGAAGUCUUCCCCGGUGGCCUGCUGGACACCGACAUUGAACCUACCAAGCGACCGUGGUUCGUCAAAGCCAUGGAAUACCCGGGGAAGAUUGUAGUCACCAAGCCCUACCUGGACGCGGGUGGAGCUGGCUACAUUGUGAGUGUCUCGUACACCAUUUUCGAAGGCAUCGCCGAUGCGUUGCACAACACCGAAAACGACAAACCGAUCGUAGUGGUUUCGUUGGAUUUCAUGCAGGGAUUCUUCUACAAGCUACUGACGGAGUCGUCGAGCAUUUGCAACGCGGAAAAUAUGAAGUGUUUCCUGAUGGACGACCGUGGCUAUCUGAUAGCGCAUCCGAAGCUAAUCGAACCGGCCAUCAACAACAACCGGAGGAUGUUGGAGCACAUAACGCACAAGGAGUCGCAGGUGGCGAACGAUAUCCUGAACCAUAAACAGCUGGUCAUGAAGAAGAUGUGCUACAACUAUGUCAACAGGACGGUGCAGCGGUUCUACCAGUUCAACAUGUCCCUGGCCGAGGUGGUGACCAAUUUGAUGUACGGCGAGAAGACCAAGUACCAGAUAAUGCUGAUCCCGGGGACGAACCUGUUCCUGGGGGUGGUGAACUCGACCAACGAUGGAGGCGCGUUCUGCCCGUGCAGUACGGUCGGCAACUCCUGCCUCAACUGCAACCGUAUGGAACAAACCGAAUGUGAGUGCCCGUGUGAAUGUCCGCUGGAUUACUACGAAGAAUCGCUGAAUCCAUCCUGCCAAGUGGACAAUUCCGGCAUGGGUCGAAAACCUGCCCCGCAGUCCAUCCCGCUUUGUUCACCUCUUCCGGAGGAUCUGAGCUCAAUGAACGCUCUCAACUAUGAGAGCGAAUACGAGCUCAAGAGCUGCACCAACAUCAACUGCGAGGAUUACACUACUCAGAGCGAAUGUCUCGGACUCGUCGGUUGCGAGUGGUGCCAGGUGGACAUCGAUGGAGAAAACACCCUCACGACGCCAUUUUGUACGUCACAAUUGACCUGCUUCAAUGGCAUUUUCGGUUCGGCCACCCCCUACGGAGAUGUUAUGAGUAAUAACAUCAUGGAAUCGGUUCUACCGCCAGCGUACAGCGCAAUCGGUCCAGUAGCCGGAGCGAUUCUCGCUCUGUGUUUAGUGGUCGGCUUUGCCAUGUACUGCUACCGACAGAACAGCGAUCAAAGUGGUGCUUCUGAUCAGCUGUAUGACGAUCUGGUGGCUGAUCAUUGUAACGGUGUUCCGAUGUCCAGAUUCGACAUCGAAGAUCACAGUCCACCGGACGAUGGUGACAUCAGUCGAAACAAUGCCAAGCAAAACCUCCUCAUGAACGGUCAAAGCAAUGCCAAUUAUAUGAUCUUCCCGAACGUAACCUCCCCUUAUCAGAUGUCUUCCAAUUACCGUCGUCCGAAUGCGGGUUCAUCGGACCAUGGCUACUCUACCAUGACGCACCAUGAGGAAUCCGAACACCUCUGUCUAUCAAAUGCCGAACCGGUGGCUCCGAAUGCUUCCGGCAAGCGGCUCUCGAUGUCCGACUCGGCAUCGAUCAACACAUCGGUCUCCAGUCCGUACAGCAAUCAUCAGAACUUCCUGGCUCUUUCCAAACAGCACACCCCAUCGCUUGUCCCCAGUGACGGAGAACUGCCUCAACAAAAGUGCAUCGAUCCAACGCAAACGGUACUGCCUUCCCCGACGUCCGUUUCUCGAACCGGUAUCUACGGUGGAGGGCAUCACAUCCUCGUUCCGGUUACCGUGCACCGGAAUAUGGACGUUUCCUAACGAACAGUGCUAGGUUACUUAUAAAUUAGGUGUUGAUAAUCUAGAUAGAAACCCCCCGCGCUGACCAAUUAGCUGUAGUCGUUCUCAGUGUGACACGUUUUUAGCUCAACGAAAGGGACGAUCGAAAGCGUCUCUAGAGUGUAAGGUAAGAUCCGAUCGUUUUCCAUUGAGUGUACCUUAAUCAUGGUGACCUGCCGAGGCUCACGAACCCAGAGAUUUCCUAUAUGCAACGAAUUGUGGAACAUUAGAUAGCUAUUUGGACAAACCCAGUUAGAGUUAGAAUAUAAUGCGUUGCUUCUAGCUGAGCUCGAACGCACGCUGCUCUGUUAAAUAGAACGCGGCACUGCGAAUUAAAUGUUUGAGUCUAACCGAGCAGCUCAUCUACAAGAAAAUCCUAUUUCCCCCCUCUACCCCACCCAGCAAUUUCUAUACACUAACUGUUGACUGACUGUUGAAAUUAUUACUAAGCAUUUAAUUAUAGAGACUUUAAUGAGUGGCUUUUGCCACAUUAGAGAACACAAAAACGCCAUCAUCGGAGAUUUUCUAAACCUUAUUACUAAACACAGCUAAAUGUUUUCACAUGAAACUUAAUGUUGCUAAUCAAUAGCGUCAAACUAAACAACUUACUUAUCCUGAAUAGAUGUGUAUACUGAAACUGCAUUUCUUAUGAGACUAAUAAGAGUAAACUUGGCUAUUCUAAAACAGACUGACCCAUCAUCAGCAUCCAUAACCACAUUCUUUGGCAUCAAAACACUAUUUUAUACAACGAAAUUUUUGAGCUUAUACCAGUUUAGCCAGCUUUCGUUUGGUCAAUUAGGUGAAUGGGUAAAUGUGAACCAGAAAAAAAAAACAGAAAGGUUGUUGCUUUCCGGAAAGCAGUUAGCUUUAAGGCGGUUUUUCAAUUCUUAAAUCAAACUACUGAAACGAAAAAAAAAUCGAUAUAAUGUUGUGAAUUUUAGCAUGUUUUUAACGUUUUAGGCUGUAGUUGAAUUUAUACAAUUAUACCUAAAAUAUAACUUAGGGUUACAUCACUGCUGCGACAUAUAUUGUUUCUUUCUUCGAGUAUACAAACACACAUACACACUAAUGUCGACUAGUGUCUUUAAUUUUACUUUUGUACCAGAUUAAUGUAUUUUUAUUUGUAACAAGCGAAAAAAAAUC